CGGCCGCACGCUUUGGCAGCAAGCAUUUUCAGCGACAGCACGGAGGGAUCCAAACUGACACUGUGAUUCUCAGCCCCGUGGGCGCGGGCUUUCGAGUUUGCGGCUUCACAUACGAUGGUUUACUGCUGCGUGCCGUUGUGCGAGUCAAGCGGCCGAACAGCACGAGGAAUUUCCUUUCACGAGUUCCCCGUGACCGACGUUAGGAACAGAUGGUUGAAAAACAUCUCUCGGCAAGGCUGGUCAACAGCCUGGUGGUCAGCCGGGUCACAUACUCCCUGCCGUACCAUGUAACCAUCAAAGCCGAAAGAGAACAAGCCGAAGCAAUCCUUCGGAAGGCAUACAAAACAGCCCUUCAUCUCCCAAGAAACACAUCCAAUGACAAGCUGAUGCAACUGGGAAUCAGCAACACGUUUGAAGAACUAAAAGAACGCCAGCUCAAGGCACAAGCGCGAAGGCUCAGUAACACAACAACAGGAAGGGCGCUCCUGACAAAGUUGGGUUGGGAAACAGAAAAACCGCAAAGUAGUAGGGCAAUAAUACCGGACCUGCUAAGGAAGAAACUACGUAUACAACCUGUCCCCCGCAAUAUGGACCCCAAUCUCCAUACCAGCAGGCGACAGGCUAGGGCAGAAUUCUACGAAAGAACGAUGGGGCAGAGAGACAACACAGUCUACACAGAUGCUUCCCUCUACCCAAAAGGACACAGGAAACACGCAGUAGCGGUAGUAGCUAAUAAUCAAAGCAAACUAAUUAGGAGUCUCACGGUAGCGGUAUCAGACAUAACCGAAGCAGAGGAAAUAGCUGUUGCACUGGCAGCAGAGGAAGGAUACAGGAUAGGAAAAUCCCUCAACAUCCUAACAGACUCACAAGAGGCGUGCCGAAACUAUAUCAGGGGUAGAAUAAGCAGCACGGCACUCAAGAUCCUUAGUAGAGCACCGCUCUAUGAAGGACAACCUACACACAACAUAAUCUGGAUACCAAGCCACGCAGGGAUUCAGGGCAAUGAAGGGGCGGACAGCUUAGCUCGAGGCUUCACCAUCCGAGCGGACACCUCAGUCCCCCCGGGAGAGCCUCAGAUUACUUGCGGGGACAGUUAUUCAGAGCUGCUAAACCUAUAUAGGGGGCGAAGAUUCCAAUACCCCCCACCACACAAAGCGUUGACGAAGGAGGAAGCCGCAGGAUGGCGUAGACUGCAGACGGGUUCCUUUCCAAAUCUUUACAUACUAAGCAGGAUGUUCCCCACACAAUAUUGCGCCGUAUGCCCGUGGUGCGGAGCAAGGCCAACACUAUAUCACAUCACAUGGGAAUGCGAGAGAAACAAGACAUUCCACAAACAUACAACACCAAGUGCGGAGCAAUGGGAGAGCCGGGUCACCAGCUGCGAGCUAGGGGUCCAAAGGGCCCUCAUAGCACACACAAGCGAGGUGGCCCGACUCAGUGGUGCCCUGGACUAGGGGCCCACCCAAGGCUGAAGAGGACCUAAAGUUUUCAAGAAUGAAGACUUCGUCCUCAACUCGCUAAUAUCUUAAAGAACCAAUAAAGUUUUCCAUUCCAUUCUCGGCAAGGCGAAGGUAAGUUACUAUGCUGCACUUAGCUUUGAAACGUGCUUUUAAUGUGCAUUUCGAGCGACGGCUCGAAAUUUCGGCGGCCACGCCUUCAAAGUAGUUUCAGAUUUCAUUGCACUGCACAGCGAAGAUACCAAAUAUCUGGGGUCGAGUGCCUCUCGCAUGUGUCGCCGCGCCUUUUUCUAGCCGCACCCUGUCUAUAAUGUGAAAUGCUGAGUUUACUGCAGCUCCUCUGCGAAUUUUUACCGUCAUCGCCGUAUUCCUGAAGGCAGGGCCGGAGCGUUUCGGGCGUUGCUGUGGGGGUGAGCUUUGGCGGCAUCUACCGGCGCGCUUGGUCCCUACUCAAUGAUCACGUGGUAUUUCUUCGGCCGCGCGCUCCCGUAGGCGACCACGGGAUGCGCAGGUCGCCCUUUAUACAGUAGG